UUAAAUUUUGAAUUAAAAAAAUUAAAAGAUUUUGAAGCAAACAUGUGUUACUAAAAAUUGAAAAUUUGAUUGUGCUCGAAUCUUAUUGAAAAGCCUGGUAUCUUUACCAAAAGUAAACACGUCAGCCUCAAUAAUUCAUCGGGAUAAGCAAUGGUAAUGUCAUGCUAGCAAUUCAUUUCAAUUAUAACCGCCAAUUUUAUUUCCCCACCAAUGAAACAUGUAAUCUAGCUAGGGCAAAAACCUAAGUAGGUCUCUCCACCUCCACCAAGUAACCAUGCCCUAUUUCAAUAAUGUUAGCAAAAUCAUUCACAUAUAGAACUAGAUUUUGAUUGCCACCAUCCACUCGAUCCCAUUGGCCCACAUUUACGACAAACCGGUGAUCUAAAAUUUUCAAGAAAUUUCUUAAAUUUAAACUAUCAUUAUUCAUUCUCUUCUCUUGUUCCUCGGAGUCCAAAAUGCAUGUGAAUCUUGCAUGUGGAAACAUGCAGAGCCGGCAUUUUUUUUUUUUUUUUUGAGGAACAUGCGAUCUGGGGUCAGCUUGUUUAUUUUGGUUGAGGUUUUUGUAUUAAUUGCUGUGUUUUUAUCUAAAUAAAAACAAUGAAAAGUACAUGAGAAAAGACCAAUACGACUGAAACAAUUACUUUGCAUGUGGAAAAGAACCAGCUGGUCCAAUCAAUUUAUGUCAGAGAUCAAUUUUUGCCACAGCUUUUUGUGUUGGCAAUUGCUUUUUUCUGUUGCUAGAAUUGUUAAAGAAACUGGUGGCUGUGGAUGAACCAUCUGGUUUCAAAUCCUAAUCAGCACUUUGUCAUUAAUUCUAGUUUAUGUGAAUAAUUGCCGGACCAAGUCUAGAUUUUACUUCUCCUUAGACUAAAUACCUAACCUAUCUAGAAAAAUUCUUUGUUAAAUUACUUUAAAUCAUGUCUUUCAUUUUAUCUUCCUCUUUCGUUCCUUCUUUUGCCUUGGUGGAGUCCUUGUCCAUCGCUUGCUGCCGAUCAUCACAAUAGUCAGUUGUCAAAUUAAUUGGUUAAUUUCAUUUUUUUUUUAACUUUAAAGACAAUUCGAAUGCAAAAUGCUUUUAGGAUGAUAAUGUAAUUAGUCUGAAUUUUUUAAGUGUCGACAGUGAGAUUAAUUUGAUUACAAUUUUAUUUCCUUUAAUAUUUGAGAAAUUAUUUGAUUUAUUAAAGGAAUUACUUAGGAUUUAUAAAGUUCAGACAUCAGCUGCCACUUAUUAACCCAACUAAUUACCACAAAGUUUAAGCCUUGCUGUCAUUAUUACCCCAAAUAGAAUUGCAUUAGCUCAGAUUAUUUUACAAAAUCAAUUCUUUUCUACACUAUUGAUACAUAUCUCCAUAAUACGCAAUUAUUGGGAAAAAGCCAAAUCUUCUAAUUUUCCUAUUGGUCAAACAGACUGGUAGCAUAAAAAAUUCUCUGUGCAAAUCAUAAAAAAAUUUUUUAAAAAAAUCAUUACCCUCUGAAUUGUAAAACAAAAUACACGAGACUUGUCCCCAAUUUCUGUCUUUUCUACAACUAUUGCAUGGAGGACAUGAUGAUCUUACAGUUAAUAUAAUGAAUAACAGCUAAUACAUGGCAGUUACAUUUGUCUUGUUUCAGAUAAAUCAAAUUAUUUGGUAAAUUUUCCCUUUUUUUCUUUUAUUUUCCUGGUCCUAGCCAAUCAGAUGAACCACCCACCUUGUUUGGCCAGCGAAGCACUGCCCAUAUAUACAAAUGAGAACUCAAGUCUUGAAACAUAGCACUCUCUCCUCCGUUCUCUCCAAAUAUUCUCUCUUUUUCUUGUAUCCCAAUUACAAACAAUGGUGGAUACAAAUCCAUUCCUUCCAGUCUCCAGCUCUGAUGGGUCUUAUCCAACAGGGCCUCAGAUAACUCACCGGAAACCCAUCAAAGAGCAUCUUACAAUCUUUUUUGGGUUGUUAGCGGUUGGCUUGUUUGCAGCAUUGUUGAUAGGAAACAAUGGGUCAGAUAAUGGUCAUGUACAUGAAAAUCAACAUGGUUCAUUGGCUUCAUCGAGCUCCAAAAAACCCGAACCUUUGCAGCCGGUGUCACGUGGCCCGGCUGCCGGAGUAUCGGAGAAAUCCAACAGGCUUUCCGCCAACGUUAACGGGAAUUUACCGGCGUAUCCAUGGAAUAAUAGCAUGUUGUCAUGGCAAAGAACAUCUUUUCAUUUUCAACCAGAAAAGAAUUGGAUGAAUGAUCCUAACGGACCAAUGUUCUACAAGGGAUGGUACCAUUUCUUCUACCAAUACAACCCCAAUGCUGCCGUGUGGGGUGAUAUAGUUUGGGGUCAUGCAGUAUCCAAGGACUUGAUCCAUUGGCUUCACCUCCCAUUAGCAAUGGUUGCUGACCAAUGGUACGAUCAAAAUGGCGUCUGGACUGGUUCUGCCACAAUUCUCCCUAAUGGAAAAAUUGUAAUGCUCUACACAGGAUCGACCGUGGAGGCUGUUCAAGUUCAAAACCUUGCUUACCCUGCUGACCACUCUGACCCUCUCCUCGUCCAUUGGGUCAAGUAUCCUGGGAACCCUGUUCUAGUUCCACCACCAGGCACCUAUAAGAAGGAUUUCCGUGACCCAACUACAGCCUGGUUGACCUCUGAAGGGAAGUGGCGCAUUACCAUAGGGUCCAAGAUAAAUAAAACUGGCAUAGCUUUGAUAUAUGAUACCAAGGACUUCAUAAACUACGAGAAGUUAGAUGGGGUACUUCAUGCUGUGCCCGGCACUGGCAUGUGGGAAUGUGUUGACUUCUUUCCUGUGUCAAAAACAGAAGAAAAUGGCUUGGACACAUCCGUAAAUGGACCUGGAGUGAAGCAUGUGGUCAAGGUAAGCCUCGAUGAUGACAGGCAUGACUACUAUGCUAUUGGGACAUAUCAUGAGAAGAAUGGUACAUGGAUUCCUGACCAACCUGAAAUUGAUGUUGGCAUUGGAAUAAGGUAUGAUUAUGGAAUAUACUAUGCUGCCAAGACUUUCUAUGAUCAGAACAAAAACAGAAGAGUGUUGUGGGGUUGGAUUGGAGAAUCUGAUAGUGAAGCCGCUGAUAUGAAGAAAGGAUGGGCAUCUGUCCAGAGCAUCCCAAGGACGAUUUUGUUUGACAAGAAGACUGGUACUCAUUUGCUUCAAUGGCCAGUGGAAGAAAUAGAGAGUUUAAGGUUGAAAAGCAAUGAAUUUAACCAGGUGUCACUCCUGCCAGGAUCAGUUGUUCCUCUAGAUGUUGGUCCAGCCACACAGUUGGAUAUUUUAGCCGAGUUUGAGAUAGAUAAAGAGCUUUUGAAGAAAGCAACAGGGUCCAACAUAACAUUCAGCUGCAGUGCGAGUGGAGGAGCUGCAGAACGUGGGGCAUUGGGACCAUUUGGUCUUCUGGUGCUUGCAGAUGAGAGCCUCAGUGAGCAGACUCCGGUAUACUUCUACAUUACCAAAGGAUCUGAUGGCAAUCUCAAGACUUCCUUCUGCAAUGAUCAAUCCCGAUCAUCCGCAGCGUCGGAUGUUAAUAAACAAAUUUAUGGGAGCUUCCUUCCAGUUCUAAAAGGCGAAAACUUAUCCCUCAGAGUAUUGGUGGAUCAUUCGAUAAUUGAAAGCUUUGCUCAAGGCGGAAGGACAGUCAUCACAUCUCGUCUUUAUCCGACAAAAGCAAUCUAUGAAGCUGCUAAAGUGUUUUUAUUUAACAAUGCUACUAAUGCCAGUGUUACCGCCUCACUUAAGAUCUGGCAAAUGAACUCUGCAUUCAUUCGGCCCUAUCCAAAUAAAUGAUAAGAACUUCUAAAGGACCAAAAAGAAAUCAUGUGGUAAUCGGAACCUCACCAUUGAUUAAUUUUGGUUCCUCUCUUCAAUCAAAUCAUGUCAUCUCAUCAAUUUGACUGGAAAUGGAAUGAAUUAGAUCUCGCUAGGGAAGAGUUAAUAUGAAACAAAUGUGCAAACAGACAUUUGUAACUGCAAAGAGAACCUGAGUGAAGUAUCAAUCUGCAAUCUGCAUGCAUCUGCCGGUGCCUCAUCGAUGAAGAUUGGAAAUUGCACAUUGUUUUCUUGUCUUCUUUUUUUUGUUUAAGAUCAUAAAUUGCAAAUUGUUUUCGGUAUCUUGGGGAUUUGAAGUUCUUUGAAUUUGUAACGAAAUGUCUCAACUUCUGCUUAAAUCUGCCAACUGGGUCUUAUCAAUUCCAAUUUUAAGCCCCCAAAGGGGGUUUGUUCUUGUUAUCAAAUGUGCAAUUGUUUAGCCCAUAACAACUUAAUCAAUAGAUAACUUCCUAGUUGUAGUUGAUAAAAUUCAAUAUUUACAUGUUAUAUACUAUAGCAUUAUUUAUUA